AUGGUGCCUGCUCUGGAUGCAGUUGUCAUGGAGAUGGAAAAGAGCUCAGCGUCCACUAGUGGCACUGUUACCAUGGAAAUCUCCACCGCUGCAACGGCCUCAGUGGUGCGGGCAGAACCAGAGGAGUCUGUUCAGCAUCAUGGGCAGCACCACACCGGAGCAGCAUUCCUGCACAGAAACUAUCGGAUGCUGAUUGUGAUCGGAGAGAUUUCCACCGACCAUCACCUUGAAGCUGCCCGGAAACAGAUCACACAAGGUUUGUGUUCCUGGAACGUUGAUCUUUCAGUUUUGGACCUGAAUAAGGAGCUGCAGCUGUUUGAGACCAGACACACCGCCCAGUUUUCUUCACAGGUCAAAGGCCAGCGAAUCCUUCAGUAUCAGAGUGACGUCCUUGAGACAGUUGUGCUGGUGAACCCGUCAGAAGAGACGGUUUCUUCAGAGAUUCACUCCCUGAUCACUGACACUGCUACAAAUAAGUUGCUGAUUCUAAGCGGCCAGAGCUCUGAGCAGGGAGGCGACAUCCUACUGCAAGGUGGAGCCUUCACCUGGCAGUACUUCUCCGACAUCAUUUCCAGCCCUCAAGUGAUUGAGAUCCUGUCCAGAGUUUCCUUAGAGCAGCCAUCCAGGCUUACUGUUUCCUGUCAGGGAGAGGGGGGCUGGAGCUCCCUGGGCCAUAGCCAGGAGCAGCAGCCACUUCUUAAUCUUCUGGAAUACCACCUGAACCCUGAACCUCAUCUCCCCAACAUGGACGGAGUUACAGAGUUUACAGAGUAUAUCUCGGAAACGGUGGAUGUGCCGUCACCUUUCGAGCUGCUGGAGCCGCCAACCUCUGGAGGGUUUCUGAAACUGUCCAAACCCUGCUGCUACAUCUUCCCUGGAAGCAGAGGGGAUUCUGCUCUGUUUGCUGUCAACGGAUUCAACAUCCUGGUGGAUGGAGGGUCCGAUAGGAAGUCCUGCUUCUGGAAGUUAGUUCGACACCUGGACAGGAUUGACUCUGUUCUGCUUACCCACAUUGGUGCAGACAACCUCCCAGGCAUCAACGGGUUGUUCCAGAGAAAGAUUGCAGAGCAGGAGGAAGAAAAAAACCAAGGAUCCGGUUCCAGCAGCAAUGGAGAGUGGAUGAAGAACCUGAUCUCCCCAGAGCUUGGGAUUGUGUUUUUCAAUGUCCCAGAGAAGCUGAGGAUGCCAGAGUCUGCGCUGAAAGUAAAACGAAGCAUUGAAGAAGCAUCUCUGACACUGCAGUACCUCAACAAGCUUGGUAUCACACCAGAACCUCUUCACAGGGUCGUCAGCAACACCAUCGAGCCGAUCACACUGUUCCACAAACUCGGUGUGGGAAAGUUAGACAUGUACAUCCUAAAUCCUGUAAAAGAAAGCAAAGAGAUGCAGUUUCUUAUGCAAAAAUGGGCUGGAAAUAGCAAAGCUAAGACAGGGAUUACGAUGCCGAAUGGAAAAGAAGGAGAAAUAUCCGUCCCUUAUUUGACUUCUGUUACAGCUCUUAUUGUUUGGAUUCCACACCGUCCAACAGAAAAGAUAGUUCGGGUGCUGUUCCCAGGAAACGCACCACAGAAUAAAAUCUUUGAGGGCCUUGAGAAACUGAAACAUCUGGACUUCCUGCGGUACCCAGUGGCCACCCAAAAAGACAUGUCAUCUGGCGCGCCGCCUCCCAUCAUCAAACAAACCAAAAUGAGAUCAAGAACGGACAGCAAAGAGAGUCUUAAAUCUUCACCCAAACCUCACUCUAAAACAAGCAGGAAAGAAGCUGGUGGACAGGAGGAAGAUUCAAAGAGCGACACCACUAAGGAGAACAAAGCUGAAAAGAAAGAAGAGAAGAAACCAAAAAGUGAAAGUUUGAAAGCCACCAAACAGCAGAAAAACAGCCAAGUGGCUCCUGGAACUGGCAAGACAGAGAAGAAGAAAAUAUCCAAGGAGAAAACUUCCAAGCUAGAGAAAGCAUCCAAAAUGGAUGAAAAGCAAGACAAGGAAAAAAAAGAAGUCAAGAAAGAGAAAGUAAAAAAGGAUGACAACAUAAGAAAAGAAGAGAAAAAAGAGAAAAAAGAAAGUAAAGCCAAGGAGGACAAAAAGAAAGACCCAAGUAAACCUGAACUGAGAAAAAUCACCAAACCUGACUUGAAGCCGCUCACCCCUGAAGUGAGAAAAACUCUCCACAAGGCCAAGGCUCAGGCUAAGCCUAAGACUGAAAAAAACAAAGCAAAGAAAGAGGAAGCAAAUGAGAAAAAACCUGUUCCAAAAACAAUCCCUGAAGAGGUUGCAGCAGCAGCUCUUGCUGAUAGAUCCAUCGUUUCCUCACCUGAAGACCUCACUGAGGACUUUGAGGCUCUGAAACUAGAGGAGAGGUCCAAGCAAAAGGUCGAGCCCAUCCAGAAUGACGUUCUGUCAGGGUUGUCAGCACACACGUAUACCAAAGUUUCCUCCUCAGUUUUACUCAAUGAGAAAGCCACAUCCCCACCCGCUAUGCCAAAAUCCCCCAUCACAAUGGACAAAGACAACAAAGACAAAGGUGCACCUCAAGGUGCUGCAGCUGCUCCAAAGAAAGAUGCAAAUAAUGGCUUUGAUAAGAAGUAUGAAGAGGAGAAAAUGGAGAAGUAUGAGAAAUAUUCUGUAAAGGACAGCAUUACAGACAGAUCAAAGAAGAGUGAGAGCUCAGAGGAGGAGGGGGAUGUGAUUGAAAAAGCCGAAGUUGAAGGAACAGAAGACGAUGAGGUCCUUAAAUAUAAAACGGAAGAGCUGAAAAAGGAAAAAACUGAAAGGGAGUGGGGCAUCAAACCAGUACAGCAAAAACCCUCAACAGCUGGAGCUCCAGUGACAGCUUCUGCCUCUGAGCAGUUCUCCUUUAUCCAAGACGAGACCAUCCCUGGAUACUCUGAAACUGAGCAGACCAUUUCUGAUGAGGAAAUCCAUGAGGACACAGAGGACAGGAUCCCACAGCUGCGUUAUGAUGUGGGCUCUUAUGACAUCUCUGUUCCUGAUGUUCCUGGCUCCUUCGACUCCAUGCACGGUAUCAAAGAGAUGAAGAGCUCUGCAGUGACUGAUGUCAAACCCAAAGCCUUUGUUGGAGCCCAUGAGCAUGAGCUUGCACCUUACCCUGCCAUCAUUUCUGCUCCUCUUGCUGAAGAAGAGCACAUCUCCUCUGCAACAUCCAUCACGGAUUAUGACAAAUUGUCAUCCUUUGCAACGUCUGUAGCCGAAGAUCAGUCCAUCGCCUCGGUGACAGCACCUCAGACCGAAGAUGUCGGGAGAAGCUCACUCCUGCUAGACACCAUCAACAGCAUCCCAUCACGUGCGGAGGCUGCCCAAGGGAAAGACUAUCUCCACUCUGCAGGAACAAUCUCUCCCACUUCCUCUCUAGAGGAUGACAAGUGCUUUAAGUCUCCUUCCUCUGAUGAGUACCAGCCCAACAUUCCAGAAAUGGAGGGGGAGGCAAAGAUCAAAUCAGUCCAUGAAGAAGAAGAGGAGGAGGAAGAAGAGGAUGAGGACCAGACCCCGAAUGUUGACAUCCCUCUGGGUAAACUUCAAGAGGGCUACGAACAUGCAGCCUCCAUGAUGCACCAGGAAAAACAGAAAUCUCCAUCUUCCCUUUUCUCCAUGCAACCUGAGAAAGAAAAACAGACUCUCUUCAAUACUGAUGGAUUUAAGGCUGCUGAAAUAAAGCCUUUAUCACCACCUCAAUCUUUCUCCCCAGGGUUAGAGUCCCACUCUAGACAGGAGAGUGAGGAAAGAUGCAUAAGUCCUGAUGACAGUACCAUGAAACUGGCCUCACCUACGCAAUCAGUGCCAACAAGCAGCGGCUACUCUCCAACGGAGGAGAAAGUAUUCAAGACAGAGGACAAAGAUGAAGUGGUGACCAACAUAAAAUCUGACCUCCAGAAAACAGAAAAAUCAGUCACCAUCUCUGACAACACCUCCUUUUUCGGUCUGUCAGGGGACAAGACUGCAUUCGAAGCAUCAGACGAAUCAGAUGAAGACAAUGAUAAUGAUUAUUGUGCAAAAAAGGAUUUACAGCCUACUGUAAAGGCCAAACUCAUGGAGGCAAAAGAAGGUUGCUUCUUGGAUGAUGACUUCUCAUUUGAGUUAAAAUCUUCAAAGAUAGAAACUAAAGUCCAAAGUUUGGAUAAGACACAGGCGUCCUUCAGCAUGGUGGAGAAACCAAAAGAUCAAGGGACGUACUCUGAUGAAAAAGAUGACAAUUUUUCAAGUGGUGUAGGAGCUAAGCCCUCUCAGGAAGAUCAAGACAAAGUCGAUUUUAAAAAUGGCAAGGACAUUACUAUUAAAGAACCAGAGAAAAGUGUUCAUUUCAGUCUUUAUGAUUUUCCGGAGAAAGAGAGCAAAGAAAAGGCACCGUACAUUAGACAAGACACGCCAUACGUGCAUGGCAAAACAUUCUCAUAUGGUGACAUUUACGACAGCAAAACAAGUUCUGAGGACUCUGACUUGUACCAUCAGGAGUCUGAAGACGGGGUUGAGAAAGAUGCUGCAAAGGGUGAAGAAGAUUUGCAAAAACACAAGCCUUUUUCAAUGUCCACAGCCACGGAUAAGAUAUCUGAAAAGGAGGGAUUUACAGUCUGUUCUGGAAAAGAUUCUUCCACCCCUUCAUGGCUUGACUCUAAAAGCAGCCCUACCCCAGCUCCUCUGGAAAAAGACACCAAAGAAAAGUCAACCUUUGAAUUUAACCAAGGGAGUCAUUUCCCUUCGGUGGCUGACAGACCCGAAGCUUCGACCACUUCUUUGUCAUCAGAGAAGGACUCAGCACUGAAAAGCCAAACUGACAGCAACAAGCCUGCAUACCCUGCAGUAAUAACUGAGAAACCUGCCGCCUCAGCCUUCAUCGAGAAAGGAGCGUGCUUAGAGAUUGACAUGCGAAAACUAACUGCAAAAGAUGAGGAAGAUUAUGAUGAUGAUGAAGUUAUUGAUGAUGAUGAUGACGAUGAAGAGGACGAAGAGGAGGAGGAGGAAGAGGAGGUGGGCGGUAUUGAUUCUGAUAUUGAGAAAGGUGCCAAAGAGAAGUCCGAAAAACAAGUAAAGAGUCCAAUCAGUGAAAUGUUUGGCUCAAAUAGACCCGAGUUUAUGGUUUCAGUGGUUGGAUAUGGUUAUAACAGUCAGGGAAAGCCAAGUCUGAAAGAAGGCGGCUUGAGCUCAGUCACAAAGUCUGUGGAUGGCGCUAAGAUAGACUCUUCAUUGGCAAGUGGAAAACCUGUGGACUUGGUUGCCACAAGUUUCUCUGGUUACUCCUCAGAGUUUGAGUACUCAUAUGGAAAAGAGGAGAAAGAAUCACUUUUAUCAUCAAGAGACAAAGGAAGAGAGGAUUUCAGUUCAAAAUCUAAAGAGGAGAGUUAUUACCAAAGGGACAAAGCUGAUACUGAAUUUGACAAGCAGAAGACGCCGGAUCUCCUGAGUAAGAGCUCACUGGACACACACUUUCAGUAUACAACCACUGCUGGCCCUGGGUACUCCUCCUCUUCUGCUUAUAGCUACUCUUCCUCUACCUCGGGUUCCCUCUCCACUAGUCGUCAGUUCGGAGAGGAGCUGGAGACGCCUGCCUCUGCCGAGCCACUCUUUGAGUACUCCUCCUUUAAAGAGGAGCACUCGCUUGUCAUGGACUCUCCAUUCUCCAGCUCCGCUGGUGCUAAAGAUGACUAUCUUGAAGUUUCAGAGAAACAAAUCACUGCAACGACCACAGCAGAGUCUACUUCCAGUUUAGCUCGCUUCUCACCCCUCAGCCCAUUUGAGGAGGUAAAAUCCUUCCCCUCCCUCUCCUCAACUAUCAUUGCUGAAGACAAGAAGGAUCAUUUAACUGCAUUAGGUGGAGUCACAGAUAAAGGUCCUCAGUCCGACUGCUUCUAUAAGCCUGAAUGGUCUGAAGGAAGAAAGCUUGACACGGCUGCUGGGUUUGAGGCCCCAGCAGGUCCGUUCUCUCAACUUCCUGACUUCUCCACAGACAAAGAGGCAGCCAGUGCUGCACUGUUUGGUGUCACUUCCUCACCACGGCCAGACAUUGAAGGAAAGCAUUACUUUGAGGAGACAGAUAGUAGUGAAGAAGAGGAUGAGGAGGCAUAUAUGCGUCAAAUGACUCGGAGGUCUCCUUCCAGCAACCUAGGUGGUAGCCUCUCAUUUUCUGACAAGCCUGUUGCUUCAGCUGUUAGUGAAAAGACUAGUGGUAGACUUCCAGAUGUUCUUGGUUCUUACAUGGCAUCACCUCUCCAGACCAGCAAGCCGGACACAGCAAAUGGCCCUACAGAGGUCAGCACAAAUGCCGCCGUCCCUCCUGGAGGAGCAGCAGGUGGUGUGGCUUCAGGCUUGGCCAAGGUGGAGUCCAAAGAGGGAGCAACAGGUUAUGUUAGGAGUUCGUAUGACUGGGAAAUGGCAAAGCCUCAGAUGGGAAUGGUACCCGGAGACUCACCUCCCCAUUAUCGCCAUGAUGAUGAGUUCGAGGAGGAGUGUGAGAUGGAACCAGAGCACCCUGCCCGGCCCCUAUCACUCUCUUCAACCGAUCAGCCGUUCUGCUCUCCGUUCUAUGCAGAGGAGUGCAGCAGAGGUGGGCAGGAUGACGACGACGACAGCGAUCAGGAUGUGCCCACAGGAGCUACAUCCUCUUACACCAGUCGCACCUCUCCAGGAUAUUCAUCCUCUGAGUACAGGCAGCGCAAAGAGGACCUUUCACCUUCCUUCAUCAACCCCUGUCUGCGGCAGCUCUCCAGUGAUGAGGAUGAAGACGAAGAAGGUCGUAGGAGUGAUCAAUCACAAGAGGGCGAUGAACAUGACCUCUCGGUCAAGAGGAGGGCCCAUAAACAGCCCCAUCAUCAUCAGUCCCACAGCAGUUCUCUCCACCAGGGUGGUGGGAAGUCCGCAGGGUUGGGUCUGGCUACAGAGGACACCCCACCCACCUCUGUUAGUGAGUCUCUAGCCUCUCAGUCUGACUCCGAUGCUCCUCAAGGCACUGAAGAAUACCCCUCAGUCACAGGUGAAGGCAACGUGGACUCCGAUGAGGAUGGUGACUACAUGCCUGUUGAUAAAUCUGUGACAAGAGGAGGCAGCUAUCACUCUGCUACCAGUCGGAACCGCGACCCUCCACCUGCUCCCCUCAUGGACCCAUACCCCCACCCCCCUCACCCAGAUGUCUGCAUGGUGGAUCCUGACUCACUGGAUAAUGGCUCUCUUAAGAAAGAACCAAAAGUCAAAGCCUUAAAGAAGACUUCGGGGAAAACCAAAUCGGCAUCCCCAGCCAGGCGCAAGAGGUCCCCCAUGCCAGUCAAACAGACCCCGUCUCCUCGCAGUGCCUUGCUGAAGAAGAAGGAUGCAGACAAAAGCUCACGCAUGUCUCGACUGUCAGAUGGACAAGGCUCCAAAGAUGAUGACCUCUCCAGAUCGAGCUACAAUCCCGGUAAAGGGCUCACUAACGGAGUCAAGAGCAGCUCAGGUUCUCAGAAGUCCAGCUCUGCAGCUGCUCCUGGCCUUCCUAUUUAUGUGGAUUUGGCCUACAUUCCCAAUCACUGCAGUGCCAAGAACGUGGACCAAGAGUUUUUCAAACGCAUCCGCUCUGCAUACUACGUAGUCAGUGGGAACGACGCAGCAAGUGGUGAACCAAGCCGAGGAGUCCUCGAUGCUCUGUUGGAAGGCAAAGCUCAGUGGGGAUCAAAUCUACAGGUGACGCUGAUCCCCACCCACGACACUGAGGUGACCCGUGACUGGUACCAGCAGACACAUGAGAGGCAGCAGGAGCUCAACAUCAUGGUCCUGGCCUCCAGCAGCACCGUUGUCAUGCAGGACGAGUCCUUCUCAGCCUGCAAGAUCGAGUUUUAAGAUCCCCUCCACCUCUUCUCUCUCCCUCCUACUGGCCUCCCCUGGUGUAGAUCUUUUUUUAAUUCCUCCUCUCUGUAAUCUGAUAUGCAAAUUUGUCUUUGCUCUGGGCAUUUGGGUUGUGUGGAAAGCAGAGACAGAUCUGGAUAACACAAUUUUCUACAUUUUUGGUUAUUUCUAAGCUUUGCAUUGCUAUCACCAUUUCUAUCACAAAAGUAGUUUUGGGCUAUUCUUCCUUUGCUACAUUAACAGUAAUCCAGUCCUGCUUCUUUCUUCUUUAAUCCUUAUCUUUUAGAAAUAUGAAGCAGCAGUUAAGACAACAAAACAUGACAGAUGAUGCUUUCUUGUCUUCUGAUUGGGCUAAAUAGAAGCACAAGUUUGCACACUUCAAAGCCAACGACUCCCAGACCCAUCGAGCCUCUUGCAGAAUAUUCUGACCAUGUUCCUCUUCUGUUACCUUAAACUCUCUUUUUAAAAGAAUAGUGUUAAACUUUGUGUCUCCCACAGAUAUAGUGAAAUAGAAACAUAGGACAAGUAGAUUUCAGCGGUCCUCUUAAUAUGUCUUUUGAGUAUAUUUGCUGUAGCAUAGGGGAAAAAAUAUCAUAUUCAAAGAUCUGUAUUGUAGUGAAUUCAGGUAUUUCUACGGUUCUCUCAAAAACAGCUGUUACAGUAAACAUUUCUCAGUAGCUGUCGUUUCUUACGGUGAACAUGACAAAUAAGUUCUCUAUAAUUGUUUCUGUAGUCUUUGAUGUAUUUUUCAAUGUAUUUGCAGUUAACAUAUUGUCACAGAGGUCAUGUAGAGAGCUGUAGGCAGAGGUGGUGAUGCCAGUUAAAAAAAAACAUAUUGUUUAUGUCUUUACGUACAGAAGAGCACUCUGUUCAGAGCUCAUUAGAGAAAAGUAGACAAACCUCUUUAUUAGUUGCUGUGUCAACGCGAAAGCCAAGAUAAGAAGAAUGUAAUCUGCUACAACAGGUACAUGUGGUUGCGAGAAGAGAUUGGGUUUGCCUGGUGAAUGAAGAUGUUGGCUGGUUUGGUUGAUGGUAGAGGUCGGACUGUCACCCACAUGUGCCUUUCUGUCCUGCUGUGCUGGAAAGGAAGCUGAAAGGUGUGCGGUGCAUUCCCGGCUCUGUGGCAGAAGCUCAAAUAAGCUCGACUUCUUUUUCUUUUAUUAUUAAUCCUGCCAGUGAGAAUGUCAUCGGCACAUAAAGGUCAGAGUUGUACAUAGUGAGCAUACGAAAAGGCACUUUUAAAGCACCAACUCAGUAUUUCAGCUGCCACACAAAGAAGCACAAAGGUGAACCAGUGUGCAAAGGCUUCAGUCUGUUUUUGCUUUUUCAAAUGGUGUGAUUAAAGCAUUUUCUCUAUUUUUCUUUUAUGUUAUUUAACUUGCAACACCCUUCUUUAAGUCAAUAUUUUGUGGUUGUUUUUUAAUAAAUAGUUUGUCACCUAAAUAUUAUGUUUAGAUGUGAUUUAAGUUAGUUUAGUUUGAUGAUUUCAGGUUAAGUUUGGACUUUUUUUUUUAUUACAAAUGGGAACAAAAACCAACAGUUAACAAAUAUAAAGGACCAACGAGCCUCAGCAGGGUUGCUAUUUUAUGAUCUACAAUAAAAUUCCAGUUAUUGCUUUUGUGAUUAAAUGGAUUUCCUCAGCUCAUUUAUUAAUGCAUGUACAACAGAUGCAUGCACAGAAAGGUGAUUUUUCUCUAAUUAAACGGGCUGCAGAACACAAACCUCAGCAGUUCUGAAAGAUUUGAAUGUGAAGAUGCAGAUUAUACCUUUACGUUCUCCAUGGAGGACUUGAAUCUCCUGGUUGCCUUGGUUACCGUGCAUCAUAUGGUACUAUCAGACACACUUGCAGCAACAACCUUACAGAAGCCUAAAAUCACACAACUCUGUGCAGGGAAAAAGAACUUUGUGAGCAGACUAAACUUACAUACACUGAGAACUGGCAUGUCUGUCUCCAAAGUUCAGUGUUUUCAGCACCACAAAAUAUUUCUGCACUGAUGCAACACACACUACUGAGCUAGUAAAGUUAAUGAGUUAACUGUGCUUUUCAUGUUAAUUCACUAUGCUGCCCAGUCAGUCAGUGACAAUGUAAUCUGCAUUCCUAUUUAACACUUUAUAACUGUAAAGGACAAUAAUAACAAUAAACAAUCACCACUACUCGCAUGAGACCUUUCAAACUGCCAGACAUGAGGGACUCUGCUCACCCAUGUCAAUACAUUUUUCCUGUAGUUAUUUUACUCACAUUUAUUUCCAGAAAAAGCUCAACACACACACCUAACUGCUGCAUUUUCAUAUUGUGCAAAAAAAAAAAGAAAAGAAAAAUAAAAUAUCUGUGGCGUUCAGACUGCCAUGAAACAAAUCAUCACAGACUGUUGGUUUCCAGUAAGCCUUGCUUGUUCGUGCAUGUGUACUUUUUGAGUUCUCUUGUAUUGUAACAGCUGAAGAAAAACUGUCUUAACAUUGAAAUGCUAUUUAAAAUGUGUAUUUAAGAAGAUAAGCUGUAUUGUUUGGAGGAGGCACAUGUAACCUGGCUGCACCGUGCUGUAAAGAAAGCUUCUUCAUCGUUUGCCCUUCUUUUCAUCUCCUUUCAUGUUCUUUCAUCUUUUGUUUUAAGUGCAAUAUUCUCUUUAUCGCUCUUGAAAUGCUUAUAAAGGUAAAAUAGAAAACAGAUUUAUUGUUGAAAGGGUAAAAAUGUGGUAAAGACCAAUAAAACAUCAUUUACUGAAGAAAAA